AAAUAAAUUAAAUUCCCAUUUCUUUAUACUUUCUUCCUACCACCUAGAUAGCAAAAAUCUCAUUUUUAUUUGUUGUCUUAAACAAAAAUAACUGUAUUUUAUUCACUUCAUUGAAUUCUUCUACUUCUCCUACCUUCUGCAAAACCGGUGGUGGCUGCUUCUCUGUUAUCUCACUUGUAAUUCUCUCUCCUCUUUUCCCUCCAAAAAUCCCCUGUUUAAUUACUUCCUGAAAUCUGUUAUUAUAGCUUUGAGCUUCUGUUUAUAGUUUCUAUUGUUCUAAUUGUUCAUGUUUAUUUAGCUCAAGCUUUAAUUUUGUUGCUACUAUUGUUUAAUUUCUGCUAUUUUUGGCAGUUUGAGAUUCUGGGGUUUUGGGUAUUUUCCCCAAAACUUGAAAUUUCUGGUUUUUUUUGUGCAUAUUUGAUUGAUUUUGGGAUUUGGGUUUUGAUUAAAAUCUUGAUAAGGGUAUUGGGUAUUGCUUUAAUUGUUGAAUAAUUUGUUUAGUGAUGGGGAAGCCUAUUGGUAAGAAGAAACCUGAAACCCCUAAGCAAGGGGGCUCGGCAGCGAAGCCGAGCAAGGGUUCUGAUAGAAGCUCAAAAGCAUUUGAUGAAGAUACAGCAAUCUUCAUUAAUAUGUCACAAGAGUUUAAGGAAGAGGGUAGCAAGUUGUAUCAGAAACAAGAUUAUGAAGGGGCUAUGUUGAAGUUUGAAAAGGCCCUUAAAUUGCUUCCUAGUAAUCAUAUAGAUGUAGCUAAUUUGAGAACAAAUAUGGCUGGUUGUUAUAUGCAAAUGGGUUUAGGUGAAUACCCGAGAGCGAUUAAUGAGUGUAAUUUGGCAUUAGAGGUUGCACCUAAGUAUACCAAAGCUUUUUUAAGGAGGGCCAAGUGUUUUGAGGGUUUCAAUAGGCUGGAUUUGGCUUGGAGGGAUGUGUGUAUUGUGUUGAGUAUGGAGCCUAAUAACCAGACCGCGUUGGAGCUUAGUGAUAGCCUGAAGAAGACCAUGGAAGAGAGGGGUAUUAAGCUGGAUGAGAAGGAAAUUGCUAUUGCUAUUGAACACACACUUUCCCCAAGUAGUACACCUUCUCGCAAGAUUGCGAAAGAGAAGAAGUUGACCAAAGAGAAGUCGUCGAAGAAGAAGAGGAGGAGUAUGAGAGGUGAUGAUGCUAAAGAUGAGCAUGUUGAGGUGAAGAAGGCAGAGGAUGAGCCUAAACCUGAACAAGUUGUGGAGAAGAAGGUGCGACAUAAGUCAAUUGGUAAGCAAUUUAAGGAGAAGAAGGUGCAUGCUAGGUCAAAACGUGAACAGGUUGAGGAGGAUGUGCCAAAGUCUGAGGAUAAGGAGGUUGUUCAAGAGAAAGUUAUGGUUAAGGAAGCAAAAGCUAUUUCAAGGUCUGUCAAGUUAGUUUAUGGUGAUGAUAUAAGAUACGCUCAAUUACCUAUCAACUGUAAUGUGUUUUUGAUGAGGGAUGUUGUCCGUGACCGAUUUCCGAAUUUGGAGGGUUCUCUCGUGAAAUAUAGGGAUUCAGAAGGUGAUUUGGUCACUAUAACUACUACAGAAGAAUUGAGGAAAGCUGAAGGGUCUGGGGAUUCACAAGGCUCUCUCAGGCUAUACAUUUCAGAAGUUAGCCCUGACCAAGAACCUACUUAUGAUGGUGAGGAAGUUUCUAAGGUUAAGGGGAAUGCUGUAAAGAGUGAGCAAUCAGAAAUUUGUGACAGCGAAAAGGAUACAACUUCUAUUGACAGUUGGAUUAUCCAAUUUGCUCAGCUCUUCAAAAACCAUGCUGGGUUCGAUUCGGAUCCAUACUUGGACCAGCAUGAGAUUGGAAUGAAGAUAUAUUCAGAGGCAAUAGAAGACACUAUUUCAAGUGAAGAUGCACAAGAACUUUUUGACAUCGCUUCUGAUAAAUUUCAAGAAAUGGCAGCUUUGGCCUUGUUCAAUAUGGGCAAUGUUCAUAUGUCCAAGGCAAGGAAGCAGGUAUCUUUGUCAGAGGAUCCUUCUGGUGAAUCAAUGCUGUCACAGAUAAAAUCAGCCUUUGAGUGGGCAAAGAAGGAGUACACAAAGGCCUGCUCGAAAUACGAAGAAGCUCUUAAGAUAAAACCCGAUUUCUACGAAGGUCACCUUGCCCUUGGGCAGCAGCAGUUUGAACUAGCUAAGCUUUGCUGGCAUUAUGCUCAAAGGGACUUGGUUGAUCUUGAGUCCGGUGCAACUCAGGAGAUUCUUCUUCUUUAUAAUAAAGCUGAGGACAGCAUGGAAGCAGGCAUGCAGAUAUGGGAGGAAAUGGAGGAGCGACGUUUGAAUGGACUUUCCAAGGAAGAAAAGUACAAGGCUAAGCUGCAGAAAUUGGGAUUGGAUGGUUUGCUGAGAGAUUUAUCUGCUGAUGAAGCUAAAGAACAGGCUUCAAUUUUAAGAUCACAAAUAUACAUUCUAUGGGGCACAUUGCUGUACGAGCGCUCUAUUGUCGAGUUCAAGUUGGGUUUACCAUCUUGGGAGGAAUGUUUAGAGGUUGCAGUUGAGAAGUUUGAACUUGCUGGCGCUUCUCAUACAGAUAUAACGGUUAUGUUAAAGAACCAUUGCUCGAACCAAGCUGCACCAGCAGGUCUGGAGUUCAAAAUUGAUGAAAUUGUUCAGGCAUGGAAUGAGAUGUAUGAUGCAAAACGGUGGCAGCUUGGAGUUCCAUCUAACAGAUUGGAGCCAUUGUUUCGCCGGCGAGUUCCUAAAAUCCAUCACAUCUUGGAGCAUCUUUGAGUGUGUUGGUAAAGAUCUGCCAUGUUUGGAUAUGGCAAAGUAGGUCAGCAUGGCAUCCCAUUGCUGACUGCUGUUACUUAGUAGAAUAGGUUUUUAUUCUGAAGGAGCGGGACAAUAAUGUUGAUGUCCAUGGCUUUUUGGCUUAUUAGCGUAUACAAGCGUCUGUCAUAGCAUUGGUGUUGUAAUUGGAGUGUGGUCGAGCUGCGGUGCCAGUUCAUUUUCUUCAAAAGCUUGCUGUUUCCCCACAGGACUACAGAUUACAGAAGAGUUUCACAGAUAUUUUUUUUUGUGCUUUAUAGAUGAUUUGUUGCCUUAUUUGCAUAUUACCAAGAUUGUAAUUUGUAAAGUUGUUCAUGAAAGAUUUGCAUAUAGGAUAUUGGCAGUGGUUUUGGUGUUAUUCUUUGUCAUUCAUUGUCAUAUUGCUGGUUUUACAUAGCAAUUACAGAUGAUCCGUUAAUUGUAUUGCAACAAUGUAUAAGUGAAAGGGUUCCACUUAAUGUUAUGCUAUUUAUUUGAUA